AUGGCCCAGAUAGUGACCACCCAGCCUGGCACAACUAUUGUGGUGCAACAAACUCAAGCUGUGAGGGGCUGGAAUUCUGGAUUGUUUUCCUGCUUUGAUGAUAUUGGAGGCUGUAAGUUAUACCUGUGAUAAGCUGCGAAAAGUUUUGAUCGCCAUGGCGACUAAAUUUGCGGCUAAAAAAGCCAACAAUAUACUUGGCGAUUUUAUACGCCGAUCGCGGCGAUCGGCGAAAAGCGAAAAUCGCCAAAUGUGUCCGGUGCAGCGAUGGUGAUUUAAUUUGGUAUGUCAGAUUUCAACGAUUUUCGCCGGCGUUUAAAUUAGCUAGUUGGAUCGGCGAAUUAAAAUCACCAAGUGUGUUACUAGCUUAAGUUGCCAUUUUGCCGACAUGCGUUCGGCGGUCAAAUAGCAAGUUGUAACGUUUUCAUAAGUUAUUUCAGGAGCCCAUUGGCUCCUGGUUAUUUCUUGGUUUCUGACAUCAGAGUGAGAUAACAAUUUCAAAGAAUAUUAGUCAUAAUUAAUUUCACUGACGAACCGAAUAGAACGACCUAAUUUUAACCAAGGAUCGAAACAGUGUCCCGUCGUUUCGUACCGAGGUACGUUUCGCACUCAUUUUGUGUCGGUUCAUACUCAACCUGCUGGUCAGUUCGUGCCCGUCCCCACAUUCAGUUACGAUCAAAACCCAGGAGAUCUCACGAAACGCCUAACGCAGAUAUUUUUUUGCUAUUUUACGCAAACAAACCAACAUUUAAAUGUUGGCGAUCAAAACUUUUCGCAGCUUAUCACAGGUAGAGUUAAUAACUCUAAUCACAGUUUGGCUUGUGGAAAAGACCGACCAAUCAGUUCUCACGAACAGACUUACAAUGCUAACUAACAAACAAUUUCACACUUGACUCUGAUAAUGAACGCUGCUCAAGUUGUCAAUCACCAACUAAAGUUUUCCAUGGCUUCUUUCAUCCGAACGAUCGGGCCAAAUGAUCAGAGAUUGACAAAUUGAAUGUGUUUGGUUUUUUUUGUCUGUGUACAGGCCUGUUUGGCUGGUGCUGCCCCUGCUGCUUGUUGUGCAGCCUCUCAACCCGUAUGGGUGAGGGGUUCGCUUAUGGCUGUUGCUGCUACGAGAUUGCUCCGUUCACUCUGAGGGCCAAGCUCAGAGCUGAGCAGCACAUUGAGGUGGGUCCUUAAACGCUUUAGACUUCUCCCGCUAUAUAACAGCUGAUAUCUCCUUUUCUGAAUCAUUUCAAUAACAAAAGCAGCAACAAUAACAAACUUUCAUCUACCAAGAAGAAAAAGACUGGAACAGCUCUCUGAUGAACUUUGAAGAAGCGAUUGCAUAAUAUUUUAUGUAAAGUUGAGAACGUUUUUGAACAGAUUGUGACUUAUUUCACCUAAACAUCGUUAAAGUGUUCCAGCUGAGGCGACGUUUCUUAAGUCAGAGCAGAAGUCACCAUCCGAGUCAAUUGUGACUUUGAUGAAGAUUACUUCCACUUCUUAGACUCUCUGGGACAAUCAUACAUGCAAGAGGGACUAGCAUCUAAUUUCUCCUUCCUACAACGUCACCUCUGAAUCAAACGUAAAGGCCACGCAAAUAAAGGAAAUAAUUACUAACUAAAGAAGCUCUUGAUUAUUUAACAAAUUCUUCGUGUGAGAAUCUUAGAAAAGGUAUAGGAAACAGUACGGAGGAUAUGCAUACUGUUGUUAGGGUGUGAAGGUGUGAAUGGUUAAAGAACUACGCCCCGAGUGGGCCAAAGUCAGUUCAAGGUCCGUGUUCAACACGUUAUCUUUUCCGUCCUACUGCCUUGAUUGCUCUCCCCUUUGGUUUAUUUUCCUCUUUCUUAAGACGAACGACUACGAGUUGUAGAUUUUCCAAUAGUUAAACAUUAAGCACGAGAACCUGCGUUAUUACGCGAGACACAAUAGUCGUAUUUAUUCAUGGAAAAGUCAUGGCGUAAGUUGCUCAGUGGUAAAGACGUGAGUGUUAUCGUUUACCGUAUACGGGAAAGGUCUCAGUUAAGUCCGAUAACAAUAAUUGUGAAAACUUUUGUGAUCGAAAAGGGUACAGUGAAAGUUCACGAGGUAAAAAUAUUUUAGUACUUCGCGAAAAACAUGAAUCCAAAGUUAAAGUUCUAUCACCGUUAAGUUUGUUUCUUUGUAAAGUGACUUUGCUCAACAUUUGACUCUACAUUGACGACACCUAACUCCCUUUUUUUUUCUUUCUUUCUUUCUUUCUUUUUUACUUCCUUUCUUUCUUUCUUUCUCUUUUAAUUUAGGCAUGUAAAGUCAUUACUUAUCUAAAUUACAUUUUUUUCUUUGCGGCAGGGAUCCCUUUGCAACGAUGCAAUCACUAUCUUAUUUUGCGGGGAAUGUACCCUGUGUCAGAUGGAUCGUGAACUCAAAGCCAUCGGCAAAUAG